UGCCCAAAAUAAGACCGCGGGGCCGGCUUUUAAAUCCAAACUGGGCGCAAACUUACUCGGAGGCGCUAAAACGCUCAGAAAAUCAGCUUCAGCUCCGCGUAAAAGCUGGUUUUGCGGCAGAUUUGGCGAUUAACAUUUUCGCUCCGGAGCUUCUUCGGGACGAAUAAACGAGCUUUGACUGGCGGGAGGGCGGAGCCGGGGCUCGGCUGCGGGGCCAUAAAUAAGAGGGUCCCAUGUCGGGGCGCUCCGGAGCCAGCGAGCACCGGCGGCGCUCGGAGCGAGCGGCGCGGCCCGAGCAUCCCGAGCAUCCCGAGCAUCCCGAGCAUCCCCGGGACAGCGCGGCUGCGGCAGCGCCUCUCCCGGUGCGGAGAUGAUCCCGGCGGGCAGCGGGAGCCCCGGCAGCCCCGGGAGCCGGGGGGCAGCGCUGCUGCUGGCGCUGGCGCUGGCGCUGCCCGCGGCCGUGUCCGGCUGUAGCUGCGCGCCCGCGCACCCGCAGCAGCUGCUGUGCGAUGCUGCGCUCGUGAUCCGAGCAAAAAUAUCCAGUGAAAAGGUGGUUCCUGCCAGUGAUGAUCCCCUUGAUACCCACAAAAUGAUCCGGUAUGAAAUCAAACAAAUAAAGAUGUUUAAAGGAUUUGAAAAGCUCAAGGAUGUCCAGUAUGUCUACACCCCUUUUGAUUCAUCACUCUGUGGAGUGAAACUAGAAGCCAACAACAAAAAGCAGUACCUUCUAACAGGCCAAAUUUUAAAUGAUGGCAAAGUGCUGAUCCACUUGUGCAACUAUAUUGAGCCGUGGGAUGAUUUAUCCUUGUCUCAGAAAAAGAGCCUGAACCAGAGGUACCAGAUGGGCUGUGGCUGCAAGAUCACCACGUGCUACAUGGUGCCCUGCUCCAUCACGGCGCCCAACGAGUGCCUGUGGACGGACUGGCUGAUCGAGCGGCGGCUCUACGGGCACCAGGCCCGGCACUACGCCUGCAUCAAGAGGAGCGACGGCACCUGCAGCUGGUACCGGGGGGGCCCUCCCCCCGAGAAGGAGUUCAUCGACAUCAGCGAGCCCUGAGCGUUGCUUCUCCCUCGCCCAGCGCCCCGGAGGUUCCCUCCAUCCCGCCCCGCAGAGCUGCCGCGUGCCUCGCCUCGAAACCAGCGUUGGUUGUCCCCAAAGGCUCCGUGGGGCUGCCACUGGUGCAGGACGAGGGACAAACCUCCUGGAGGCACCUGCUCUGCUCUGUUCUGCUUUGCACAGAGGGCUGGCAACGUCCUCCGAGGCACAACAAAUUCCCUUUUUGCCAAUAUGAAUGUACAAGAACAAAUUUUGCCCGAAUUUUGCCCCCCCCCCCACCCCGUUUUUGAUAACCUGCAGAUUAAGAGCUCCCCGUGUUUUGUUCCAAAUCUUUCCGAUGAACUACGGAAUGUUUUAUAGAACUAUUUUUUUUUUUUUCUGUAUGAAAGUCUUGGAUACGAAAGAAUUAUUGUACAGUGUAUAUGUAAAGUAUUAUAACAAUGUGCUAUUAAAAAAAAAGAUUCACAAAUAUUUCCUCACCUGUCGAAAUGAGUUGAAUACUUCUGUGAUUAAAACAAUCUGCGCUCCACACUUUGUACUUUCCUUAUGUCACAGCUUCCUUUACCCACAGAGUUGUAACUUCCAUUGAUAACUAAAUUAAGAAACAGCCCUGAUAAUCAAAACCCCCUUCUUAAGUCAGCAUUCCUAUGGACUAACCACACCUUGCUGAAGGAAAAACCAGAUUUUUAAUCCAUGGGUUAAAGCAUUCAUCCAUGGAUUUAGGCUUUCCAUGGAACAAAUUCCAAGCCCAAAUGAUGACAGGCUAAAACUGCUCAGCGCUACAAGAACAAUGUCAAUCCUCAGGGCAGCUGCAGUAAAAACUUCCCUAAAUACAUGACCCAGCACUGUUAAAUACCUUGUACCCCAGCACUGUUAAAACUUUAGAAACUCACCUGAAAAUACAUGCAAUAAAUUACACUGCAAUUAUUGCUGGAAGCUCUCAGAUAUGUAACCCAAUUUAAUAGAAUUUAACUGUUUUUCAUUCAUGAACACCCACCAUACCCUGUAAGUGAAUUUGGCUCAUUGUGAACUCAAACUAGAGCAGAGUUACAGCACAUUUUGCUUGUAACCUUUUUAGUGCCAUAACUUUCCUGAAUUGAUGACUGGAGUUAAUAACUAAUCCUUCACACAUGUAUUUAAGGUUCUAAAAGCAAUUCAAUUCACAGUGGUGAAACUUUGGGAAGUGCAAAUGCCAAAGUUCAGACUAUUUGUGCCCCAGAAAAAAGGGGCAGAGCCCUCAGGCAGGAUGGGAAUCUCCAGUAGCUGCCUUUUCUGACAGAUUUUACUAUCAAAAGGACAGGAUUGGAAACACUCUUCUAAACAAGAUUUACUUUUCCUGUGACUAAGUUCAUACAUUUCCAGUGAAAUGCCAAUGGUGCAAGGCCAACAGGACAACAUGUCAUUAUUCCUUUGAGGAAUAUGUGUCCCAUAAUACAUAAAAGCCAAUGUUUCACUUUUUAUUUACCAUAAAUCAGUCUGGCUCUUUUAAUUUACAACCCUGAAUUAAAGCCAUAGCUAUGUGCUGCCAAAUGUAAAGCCCAGUUUGAUUUCUGCUUUACUCAAGACAAAACAAAAAUUUCCCAACAUGAACAAUUUGGACCAUAGACUUAUAUUAAUGAAACAAAAAGAAUAAAAAGCUAAAUUUCUUAUGAAAAAUAACUGAUAUUGCAGUGACAGUAUUGGCAGAGCUAUUUACUGACAGUGCUGCACAUUUAUAUUAUUAAUUUCCAGAAAGAUUCAAAGCCAGGCCUGAUUUCCUUGUGUCAGAUCCAACCAAUACCUGGAGAAGCCCACAGAGCUCAAUAACCACAAAGGUUAAUAUUCAAUGGUUAAUAUUCUGUGCUUAAUAUUCAAUACCAGUCCCGUAGCAUUUGUCUCCAAGUCCAUUUUGAAGGGCUGGUGCCUUUUGGAUAUCAGCAAACAGGUAUUUUCUGCUUUUUAGCUCCCCAGAGCUUUGGUCCUAUUUCAGUUUUACAGUAAUUAGACUUGAACCUCAACUCACCCAGCCCAGAUUGCCUUCUCUGUGCACCUUGCACAAAGAAAUGCUUUCUCUGGUAUUUAGGGACAGAUUGUAAUACAAAUUGCGUGCCACAAUUAGUUUUUAAAAAUUUCCUACUUUUCCUGUUAUAAAAUAUCCCUCAUGAGGUGUUUCACAAUGAAGGUCUGUCUACUUUGAUUUCUGGCUGAGCAGAAAUCUGCCCUAACUUCCCACAAUGGAUGGUACAAAGAUUUACUUUUUUCCCUUAUAUCAAUAAAUGUGGCAAGAAAAGUUUUAAAAAAGCCCAGCUCAUAAUGAGAUUUUAUUUUCCCCGAGGAAGAUUCUCAAAAGGCUUGACUAGAACGAGGCAUUCUGUAUAUGUUAUUUUAAUAUCAGGAUUUUUACUGUAGUGGCACUGAUACCUUAUCAACAGCAGAUUCUUUUUACAACAUUUUCUUUUUGCUUCUUGAAACUGUGUUUGUGUUACAUGAGAGGGGAGAGCAGAAAUACAGCCUGGCACAACGUUUGACUUUAAUUGGAAAAUGGCUCACAUGACUUUUAGUGAGAGUAGGGAAAAGAAGAAAGAAGGGAGAUUGUAUAGGUGAACAGGGGAAAAAACACCACCUGGAACAUUGCUGGUGUUUCCUCAACGUUCCACAUAGGUUUUAAUUAAAUUGUUCAGCAAUUACGUUGGAGAAGCUGUGUUGUUUUUGCAGAGAACAGAAGAUGUGGGAAUGCAGUGAAAUAAAGAGAACUAAUUACUGAGUGAAAAGUCGUAGAUAUGACUCAGCCAGCAAGGAGUUCAAAAGCCUCACAGUGUUUUUUGUGAUCAGUCUGGGAUGAAUGUUUCUGUUUCAAAAAGUGUUUCAUUAAAGCAGCUCCAUUUUUACACAAAA